GAAGUUAUCGUUGUUUCGUUUAUGGCUCUAGCGUUCUCGAGUAUUUCCUUCAAACCCUAACUCGUCUCUUUAUUAGGUAUAGCUCGCCAGACAAGUUUGAUACAUUUACGGUGUAUCGCAGUUUAAAAAUCAUGGCCAGCGAGGGCUUUGAUCGAAGAGGAGAGCGGUAAGUUACCAUCUAAAUACUCAUGAUAAUACAAGUCAGUACAGUAUGUUGCCCGGUUCCCGAACGGUGCCUCUAUCCGGACAAUUAAAACAAAAACUCAAUUUUUGAGGCGCCCUUUCAGUUCUCGGUAAACGAAGUGUUUCGAAUGAAAGCUGAACAUUUCAGCUUUAAGAUGAAAGUUUUGGCGAGUUUAAAGCUUGCGAAACAGUCGCAGAAGACGCCGUUCUGAUGAGGUGAGUAAACUUUUCAUGGCUAUAAUAUUACGCUGUUUACUGCGCGGUGAAAUUAGUGCUGCUCAAAAAAGGGUAGGUAAUAUGUGAUAUUUUCAAAGAAACUGUUUGAUAUUUAAUGUGAAGAUACUUAAAGAAGUCAGGUUCUCAGAAAUUUUAUUAAUUCUUCUUGAAAUUCGAUUUGUUUGGAAUUAAACGGAGGCCAGAAACAUUCACUGAGUAUUGAUGUCAGCGGGUGCCCAUUAUCGGGACAGUUUUUUUCUUUGCUGUACAGAAUCGAUGAAUUAGCUGUGUACAUUAUCCGGAUAAGAUUUAUUUCAUAUCUAUAUCUACAUAGGAUAUAUGAUAUAGUCGUAAAAUGUAAUUCUAUUCAACUCCGUAUGGAAAUUUUCUUCACUCUCAGACUGACUUGAUUUCGUGUGCACGGCUUGGAUCGCAAUUCGCGUGACUGCAUUUUCUAUUAUAACCGGAAGCGUCGGAGCUGGAAUUCUCAUACAGUACUUUUCCCAGUUGUGACUGCUAGAAUGGGGUUGCAACGGUCUGAAAAAUGUCACAAAGGGAUUGAGAGAUGUGAAAGAAGGAGGAACUUGUAUAGAGCUAGAAAAGCGGGCUUAUUGUGGGGAUUGAGAAUGAAGAAAUCAACACUGCAGGUCAGACUAAAUUCUCGGUUUUCACUCCCGUGAGAAAGCAGAAAUAAAAAUGGAAACCUUUUAAUACAGAAAGUCUAGAAUCUGGGAAAUGAAAGAAGAUAAAUAUAAAAAAAGCCUUGCCGAGAAUUAGGUCUAUGCAAUUGUUCAUAUGCGAGAUAUUGGGAAAAACGUUUUACCCAAAUUUAUAAAGCUUUGUAUGGAGACGCCAUGUUUUUUUGUGUCCCAUAUGGCCGCCGGAAACCAACAGAAACAUCUGUUUUUGAGUUUUCCUACGUAUAUGUGAAUUCUUUGCUUGAGGAAGUCAUAAAGAUUAAAGUAAUAUUUAUUCUAAGACAAGGAAUGCUUAGAUAGCAAAAUCUCCAAAACUCCGUAAUGUUUUUAACCCACAUAAGAGCCUCCCCGGCCGCCAGCUAAAUGCCAGUCGUCACGCAAAAGCCUGGAAAUUUAAGCGUCCUGUAUCGCAAAACAAAGAACCCUUUUAAACCGAAAAUUUGUAUGUAUAAAGGUUUUAAGGUGUUCAAGUAUCACAUGAUAGUAGAAACUCAGAAGAAGCGAAUAGUUUCUUAUGUCGGAUUGAGGUCCCUUCCCCAAGCUUUUUUUAAGAAUAAAAAGAAAAAAAGUCAUUUGCAGCUUGCAAACCGCGUCUUCGGCAUGUCCACGGAUGCCUUAAUUAAUUCCUUAAAUCAAUGAAAAAGUUCCUAGACAAGGAAGUAAACAGCCGCUCGUGUUCCUCACCAUACCCAGUCAUUUGUUAAGUUUUAUUUCACGAUGCCAGGUUAUAUUUUUGGAAUAGAUUGCCAGACUACUUUGUAAGUGCAAGAGAAGCGUAUAAGUCGCUUGCCUGUCAAAAUUUAUGUACAAUUACGUUGUUCUUGUUGUGGCCGAGUACACUGGGCCAGCUGUCCGGAUACUGGGCAACAAAGGAGCUCUGCAAAAAUAUUAAUUUUGCGAUGGAAACAAACGUAAAAAGGUUAAACUGGCUUUUGUCAUAUUAAGGAAUAAAUAGAUUUUCUCUGGGCCAAAUUUCAGAGCUCUUGCGACUUAAACAAAGGAAAGUUAUUGCACUGAUAAACUGAAGUGUCUGAAUACUUGGCAACAUACUAUAUCACGAGUUUAGAAAGGCACAUUCUUAAAAUUACCCCUCCCCCCUUUUCUUAAGGGGGGGGGGUUGAGUUUUGAUUCACCACACUUUUCUGAAAGAGCACCGCUCCCUGUGAUGUAAUAAAUUCGUGUAAAAAUUUUAAAGGGGAAAUUGAGAAUUCUAGCCUCUGUAAAAGAUCUGAUUUAAAAUGAGCAAAAUUUAUGUAUUUUUCUUGCUUACAAGCAAAACAAUUGUCACAUUGUGCUGGUCAUGAGUGAGGUCUGGGGAGUUAUUCAGAGUUAUUUGAAUAACCUAAAUAUGCAUGAUUAGUAGGCAUGUUGAUGCACGUCAAACAAGCUGUUUCCACCACCAACUCUUGGUUAUGAACAUUAGGCUGCAUAUUUUGCACUUUGGUGCAAUAAUUAAGAAUUAAUGAACGAGGCUGAGUAUCUUAUGAAGAAUUAUGGAGAUCGAGGAGGGUGUACUGUUAUGAUACGAAAGCCGAAUUCAAUAAUUGUUUUAUUAUUCAUUCAAAAUAAUUCCUAGUUUAAAAGCAAAGCUAAAACAUGCUUACCUCCGUCGAUGUUAAGUUUGACACCUUGGAGGUACACAUUUAGGGUUGUUCAGCUCCGCAAAUAUUCUCCAAAUAGCAGAUGUCGCCCUUCGAGUUGUGUUCUUGCAGUUCUUACCAUGUUUUUAGCUAUAAUAUUAUUUCGUCUUUAUGUUCUUACUCUUGAAACGAGUGAAAUGUUCGUCAUUUUUUGUUUUCACAAUCAAAACAACUCAACCUCGUCCCCAGGUCUUCUCGGUUAACUGUGCAUUAUUAACCUGCAAGAAUACUGCAUUUUUGACGUCAUUUCCUCGUUAAACCCAAAAUUCUUCCUAAUUUGGUCUUCAGUAACGGGUUAUGGUGAAUUAUGCAUGUGCUUUUAGCUAAUCAGAAUGGGAGAAAUAUUUUGAAUGAUUAAUAAUAAUGGGUAUUUUUAAAUGCUGGUGCCAUGUAGGUUAUAAACACAAGGAUUGUAGUUCAGGUAAAAUUUGUUUGUUUGAUGUACAAUUAAAUUUGAGAUUAGAGUAUAUCUUUGUUAUUCAGGGAAAGCAUAUGAUUAUAUAAUCAUACAAGUAUACAACACGUGGAGAGUGCUAGCCUUUCUCACUCUGCAAAUGGUGACAUUUCAGGCCAUGACUAUAGUUGUGUGAAUAUACUAAUCCCCCCACACGCAUGUAAAAUUAAGCUCUCCACAGUUAGUAACUAAUAAAAUCCUUUUCAUAAAUUUGUCCUAGGGAUUUUAAGUUAUUUUGGGUAGAGUCGGUUACGAGGGGAAAAUAUACCCCAUUGUUGGUUCAUUGUUGGUUGUUGUUCCGUUUUUUUUUUAUUUAAUAUAUUUGUACAGCUAUUUCGAGAAAGGUUAAUUGUCGGAAAAAGUGCAUGCGACAAUCCGGAAAGGUAUGGGGUGGUUUCGAGUUCACAGUGUUCUUCAAAGAAAUUUGAAAGAAUGGCACAAGAGGCCAUAGACGUAUGUUUACGAGUGCUAAAGGGAAAGUAACAAAAGUAGGUUCUACAGCCACAGUGUCAGGAACAGUGUAUCGAUCAUAUCCCAUGUUACCUUUUGGGAUUGUAAUGCACGCACAUUUUUUCACCUAACCUUCCAUGAAAUAGCUGUAUGUGUUGGUUCAAUAUUACCUUUGGUUUAAAUUUUACUUUCCUUUGUUUUGGGGAAGGGAAAUGUAUGAUGAUUAUAAUGAGUUUGGAACAAAGGAAAGUAAAAUUUAAACCAAGGAUAAAAUUAAACCACAACAUAUGUGGACAGGAUCUUAUAAUUGUCACUGUGUCUGGCGGUAGGUUUAUAGAGUAUGUGGGAUCUGGGUGCAUCAUUGUUCUUUCCAUGUAGCCUGUUUGAUGUUACUCCAGAGAUUUUUUCUUGUUUUUACCCUCAGAAUUAAUGUACACAUAAUUUAUGGAAAAACAAAAGCCAUAUUCUAAUGAGCAUUGUCACAUGACCUCUGAUGGGAGGGAGGACAAGCUCCCAUUUGAAAUAGGGUGGGGGGGGAAUGUGGGUUGAAAAACUGGAAUCAGAUCUUUGAGUUACAGAGACUAAUCUGGACGUGAUAACAACAAAAGUUGUUAGUGAAAUUGUAAAUUAUUAUGACAAUUAAGAAGCCUAACAAAGCUAGGAGCUAUCCAGAAUCUUUACACCGAAAUAGGAUGAUGCCCUUACACACAACGUUUUGAUAUAUGUGAUACCUGUGUGAUACCAAAAUCGGCGGCAAUUGAAACCCCUAAACGAACGAGACAAGUAGCAUCCCAUCAGAACCCUCCCCCCCCCCCCCCACCCCCCCUUUUUAAUUUAAGGAACCAAUUUUUAGGAGGGGGGAAAUUUUUUUUUAGGGGAAAAUUUUAAAAAUAUUUUAUUUUUUUUGUUUUUUGGGGGAGGAGGCACAUUUGUUUAAUUUUUUUUUUUUUUACCAACACCACAACUCGCAUACAACUUUUUUUGUGGAGAAAAUAGAGAGAACGAGGAUACUUACACCGGAAUCGGGAGAUGCCCUUACACAAAAAGUGUUGGACAAAUUGAGACCUGUGCGCACCCAAAAACCGCGGCAACGGCAACCCCCAAACGACCGCAACAACAAACACCCCACCCCAGCCCCCCCCCCCCCCCCCCACCCCCGCCGUCACCCCGGUUACACAAAUAAGGCUAAAGUGGUCUAAUUUGUUGCGGGUGUAGCUAAGUACUUGUAUAAAACAAAUUUUAUGGGAAAACAUAGACGAUAGCUGUAAAGCGAUUUUUUGAUAAUAUUCCCUUAAAGUAGUUAAAAUUACCACUUUAUCAAUACAGGGUUUGUCUCGACCUAAAUUGAAAUUAGCAUCUUAAAUACCGGCCAGUCACUUAACGUUUAUUGAUCAUCUUUUGAUGACUCUGAGGCGAUCAGAAGGUUAACUUUUGGUCAUCGUUCGUGACAACAGGAAAGACAGUGAGGAGGAAAUAAAGAAUGACUUUGUGGAGGUCCCAAGAGAUAUAAAAAAGUACGUGCUGGGAAAAAGUCGCUGCGAGAUAGACGAAAUUGAGAAAAAAUCACGAGCAAGCAUUCGUUCACAGAGCAUAAAGGAAGAAGGGUUUUGGAUCAGUGGUAAUAAAAUACAACGUGAAUGUGCUAAGAAGCUCAUUACAGAAAAAGUGGUAGGUUGUGUGAAAAAAAUGUUUUGUUAGUCUAUUUUUGAAAAAAACAAACAAACAAACAAAGAUCAUGCACGACGAUUAGGUGAUUCGGAAGACAGAAAACAAAAUAAUAUUUAUCCAUUAAGUCACAGGCACUCUUGCAAGUUUGGCCUUAGUACAAUAGUACGCUCACAGCCUACAAUCUUGGACAAAAAUGUUGAGAAAAAUCAGUGGACAUUACCAUGUCUGGUUUCAAGAUAAAGCUCUGGAAAGCACUGGCAACUACAAAUACUCCCCCUUCCCCCGAAAAAAACAAUGUUGAAGUCUGGCUGGAUCAUUUUUGAUCUUGAAUAAACAACUUUGACCAGGGUUGGGCGAGGGAAGAGGCCAUAGCGGUACCAAAUCCGCGGGAUAGGCGUUUUGUGAGUAAGAAAGUGCAACAUUCUCAACACUUUUUGUUCAAGAUUGUAGUAAGUUCCUUAAACUAAACCAUGCAUUUCACUCAGAAGUCAAUUUUACGGUGCACUGACAAAGCUUGUACAAGUUUGGUGGUAUUCUCACCUGGCACAUUUAAAAACUAGCUGUUGAUUUCUGCGUUGCGUUUAGUUAUACAAUCAUUUUUACAGAAAGAAAUACAGAUACGAAAAUCCAAAGAAGCUCCACCUGGCGAGCUAGUAGAAGUUCCAAAACCAUACAAAGGCUUGGUGUUCGGCAAAUGGGGAAAAAAUCUCAUCGAGAUAAGCAGGUGUACGGGAGCAGAAGUUAUACGUAGAGAUGGGGAAGUAUACAUUAUUAGUGGAACGGAGAAACAAAGGGAACAGGCAAAGUUGCAAAUAAAAGUAAAAGUUGUAAGUAAAUCAAGACUCCAUUCAUUAUAUCUGAAUUUGUGCGUUUAAUUUUUAAGAAUGACAUCUCUUUCCCCGUUAUAGAAAAGCCCUGGGGGGAACUCCCUUAUAUAAGCCAUAUAGGUGUGUGCCGCCCAAAAGGGUAGGGUUUUUGCUCCGUUUUGGCCUGAAAACGAGUAUAGAUUAUAGAAGCCAGGUCUAAAAACGGAUAUGAAAAAUGACCUUUUUGAUCUUAAAUAGGGUCAGGAUUUGGAGAAUCGGGCGGUACACUCCCACCAAGAAUUCAUGGUCCACUUAUACCCCAAGCUUUUUAAAGACAAAAUACAUUAUGAGCUUACUCCCCGGAACCGAAGAUAACAGACAACUUUGUUUGAACUGAUAUUCCACACGAUCGGUUUUGGCAAGUUUUAGCAAACAUAGGACACAGCAGUAAAUGUUUAAGUGCUAAAUCACCUUUUUAUAAAAAAGGGGCGAUAGAAUUCUGCCUCAACGUCACAUGCAGCCAGUCUCUCUGUGGCUGGAUCCCCAGCGAGAAACUUUUUCAUUUAUUCCUCCAUCCUUUCACCCAAAUCCAUCUUUUUUUUUUUAAUUGUAAGGCAGGGGCGAGACUCAGAGGACUGGAAAACGAGUAUAACAAAUUCCGUGUCUACAUCGAUGGCUGGAAACUUCCAGAGAACAGUCCACUCAAACUAGAGAGAGUUGGUCAAAAUGAUCGUGCUUUUAUCCCGGAACCGGAUACCCAGUACCGGCUGAAACCAGCCGACGACAACAUGUACCAGGAACAGGUGUUCUUGUUUUUGUUUUUGUUCUUUUUUUUUUGGCUUAUAUGCUGUAUGAAGGGGCUUGCAGUAUACAAGAUAGAAUCAGAAAAUGUGUUUAAUCGCGCUUCACAGUAAAAUCCACUUUUAAUUACCAAUCAGGUUUUAUAGCAUAGUGCGCGCUGGCUUGCAUUAUCUAGUACUAUUGAGUCGCUAUUAUUCUUUGAAAUCGACGAGCUGAAUAGUGGCGUAUAUUAGUUGACACAACAAGGGUAUCCUAAGAAUCAUGUAGACAGAUUUUGUAAAAACUUGGCUAUACAGUUUAUAAAGUGGCGCUGACCACCCCAACCGAGAAUAAGACUGUGGGCUCGCAUUUUGCUAAUGCGACUCGCGCGUCUGAAGCCAAUAGAUGCAUUAUUCAUUGCGGAGCCUCCAAUGCUAUACAAAGUGGAGACCUAUCGCUGGGAGAAAGUUUGGUUAUGGCGCCAGCGCACACCCGUACGCUCACCCGCACAGACACUAAGGGAGGGGGAAGGGAGGGGUAAGCUCUUCAAGGGAGGAUAGGGAGAUCCAGACAUGCACUUUGCGUCUGUCUUGGCGAAACACAGACCGGGCUUAGAGGCAACCAAUGUAGUUUCUUCGGUGAAAAUCUUGAAGUUUCUUGUUUUUGACUUACGACAAAACUUUUCAAAAAUGAAUUUUUAAGGCUUUGCGUUUAGCUUGGGUCACGGUCCAGGACCAAUCUAGUCCCAGACUGGCCAAACUUUUGGCAGGUGAAUUCAUGCGUAAAUACCGUUGAACCUCCAUUAAGCGACCCUCUAUCAAGCGGCAAGUAAUCAAGAAGAGAAUGGUAAAUUAAACCUCUAUUAAGCGACCAACUCUGUAAAGCGGCUAGGGCUAUGUUCUGGCUAUCCCGACGAGAGUUCUUCUAUUGUUGUUACCUCUAUUAGCCUGUUAACUAAAAUAUUCCAAGCCUGAGAUUCUUGCACUUUGUUAUUGACACGAUUAAAUGGUAAUAGGACAAUGUGUCGCACAAUAAACCUUUCCCGCAUUCCUGUGAACAAAGGCAUCAACUCGCGGCUUGGGUGGACAAAAUACAGUGACUUGUAUGGAGUUGUCCACCUGAGCCUCCCCCUGCAUUUCUUUAUUGUUUCGCACUGGAGCAGAAUGCGUCAAUUCAAGGUUAUUCUGGGUUAUCAUGCUCGUAAUUUCAGAUCGUCCUCGUGCUUGAAAUUUCUCGCGGGAUUACUCCCUGAAUUGUACUUAACUCAGUCCUAGUACCAUUACUAGUGAUUGUCGAGACUCUCAACUGUUUUUAGGGUGGCCUUAAAAGGCUGACGAAAAUAAAUAAAUAAAAUAAUAAAUACACAAAUGAAUAAAUGUAUAAAUAAAUGGGAAUGAUUGAAUGAAUUAAUGAAACUCUUUAUAAGGUUCGUUUCUGUUAAUUGUGUUAAAUUUGCUUAUCCAGGAAAAUUGCAUGUCAUCUGAAGAACCAACCUAUCUGUCAAAACUUGAGUGUGAUGCAUUAGAGUGUCUCGGUAAGAUAAAACAAGAAAGAGAGACAAAGGAAGACCUGAAAGCAGACAUGUGGUGUCAUUUUGGAAAGGCAUUUAUCCGAGGACCUGAACAAGGUAGUGUACAUGAUUUUUUUAACCCAUACUAAUAGUAUGCAUGUUUUGUGUAAUCUUCGAUGAAAGACUGCAGAUGAAACCAUUUUGCUAAUUCUUUCGUUUGAAGCUAUUUCCCUUAAACGUGAAAAAAAUUUGGGAAUGUUCAGAUUGUGCCUCUGUGCCAAAACACUGCCGAGGCAACUAUAUUGCUCACUUACUGCCUGUGGCUUUUCUAAAUACCUUGAUAUCGGAUUUGUGUGCAGAUGAAGCUGAUCAAGGAAAGUGGAGUAUUGACGCGGCAUUAAACAAGUUCAGGUCAUCAGAAGAGAAAUACUGGAAAGUUGCAUUAAAAUCAGGAGUGGAAUUGAACGGGAAAAUCUUUGAAAAGCAUAUUUGCAACACAACUCCAGAAGACUAUGCAGAUUAUGAGGCAAGAUAUGAGGUGGCAUUUGUAACACCGUGUAGUCAUCAAGUAAUGAUGAAGGUGAGGUUCAUAUAUCAUACAGCAGAGAAUAUUUUUUGAUCAAUAUUUGCCACUUUGUAAGGAUGAGGUAUAUAUCAACCAAUAAGUUAAGAUACUACCAAGUCAAAUUGUUGAACAAACAUUAACAUACUCUUUGUAAAGAACAAAAGCGCUGAAAACUCCUUAUUCUGGUGUACUAUUUGGUGACGUAAAGUAGUCCUUUACUAGACAGGGGUGUACUUCUUAGAGUCGCGUGGAUUUAUUGCCACUUGAAACUUCAAUGGAAGUGUAAUUUACGGUGAAAGUCCACCAACCAGUUAGUUACCUUGUCUUGCUAAAAGGUCGCGUACUAGCCGACAUUAAACCUGUUAGAGAGUGUUUUUGGAUAAAGACUGUUGGGAAGGCAGUAGACUGAAUUUCAAGACGAGUUUCAUAUUUGGCUGAAUAGUUUGGGAAAAUCUGUCAAAAACUGAUGGUUUACUGCUACCUCGGAGAAUUACCUGAUUAUGUCUUUCUGCUCUUGCUAGGCAUUUUGUGAAUCAACGAGCGUACGUCCAUAAUUCAAGCUUAGUUUACUCCUCAGAUUAUUCUUGUGAUGCUGCUCGUUUAUUUGCGAAACUAAAAUGCUAAGCAUGUAAUUCCUCCAUCUUAGUGUAGAAUAAAUGUCUGGUGUAUUAAUUACUUGUCUUAUUUGAAAAAUACAGACCUGAAGCUCAAGCUCCCCUGCGUUUUAAGUUAGACAUUAAAUAACCAUCCCGCAAUGACUAAGUAUCUCUCAAGCUACCAAUUCUACCAUUCUACGGUGUGUCAAAGUUUUCUUGGGCUCUGCGUUAAGCCGGAUUACCGUCUUGGUUUCCUACCAAGCUUUAUAUUUAAAUAUGUUGUUCUCGUCCAAAGGUGUGGGUCACAAAAAAGAAUGUCGGCAAAAAACUGGAAGACAUACCAGUUCCUCUGAGUGACGUAAAGAACAUUCUAAAGGAGUUAGAGUUCAAAGAUAAAGCUACACGGUUUCGAUGCAGAGGAUGGCUUAUUCUACCAUCUCGCAAAUACUUACAGGCAGAUAUUUUGUUCCCUGGUUGCCCAUUUGAUUGCAGGCUUAAUAUUCGUGGAAGGAUUGGUAUGAUUUGAUGUGUUUAUGAAGGAAGUGAAACUCUAUCCUCCAUUUUUAGAUUUAUGAAACAAAUUUUACAACAGGUUGAUUUAAACUGUGAAAUGAUGUGCUACAUGCAUCACAAGAACAUGUUUUAAAAGAAAUGAAAUUAAAGUUGCUGCAUGUUAGGUUAAUAUUAACAAAUUGGACUUAAUUGCGGGUAUUCUUAAUGCGAUUGUCUCAGAAAAUUCGACCUGACCGAACGAAGCUGAUUGGUCUCUUUACUUCAAAUAACCUUCGUAGACAAAACGCGGGAAACCGGCGUUAACGGGUAUUCGCGUCACGUAAUCUUCUUGCACGAGUUUUGCCUUAAGUGCACUAUGCAAUUUGACCAGGAUCACACUUGUUCCACUUCUUUGCCUUCAAAUGCAUUAUUUAAAUACAUGUUAAGAUGUACGUGUAUUUUCUCUCCUCAGAUUUCGUCCUCGCGACAGACUAUGUACCUAAGGAAGAGGUUAUACACACUUUGGCGAAAUACUUAUCCGAGCUGACUUUGACAGAAGAAAGAGGCGUUAAAUUUUGCCGACUCCCCGAGAAGAAAUUACCCCAGGGAUUUCAUGUCACUUAUAAAAGGUGUUCCAAAAGAUCUGUGUAUGAAAUCUGGCCAGGCUUCACAACCAUUCUUUCCAAGGAAACCUCUUGGCGUACUGAUGGGCUUGACGAGGAUUCCAGAGAAUCGGUACUUCUUGACCAUAGUAUUUUACAAAAGUUUUUUUAAAGCUUCUACAACGGCUUAAAAGCUGUUGUAAUCAGUUGCCAUGAUUCUUUUUUACCAUUUUUGUAGCGGAUUCGUAAGGGAAACACACAAUUGCUUAUAAAGAAAUGCUUAAAAAUAUUUCAGAGAUACUGAGGAAUACCGAAUUACAUGACACUUAUCACCUUUAUCGCAAAGGAAAAUUCAUUAAGACUCAGUCAUUAUUUUAAGGAGUCUAUAUCUUGUCAGUUUGAAUACCGUGGAUUUUUCCUUUUUUUGUUUUACGUGACAGACUGACCUUCAUCUUCACUGCCAUGAGUGGGACACGUUGCUCAAUACCAAAGAUUGGGAACCGGAGAAAGUAACUGCGACACUACCAAAGUUCUUUCAGUUUGUAAAGAAAGUACAAGAAAUUGUCGUGCAGGGAGAACGUAUGUAUAUCGGUUGUGGUUCAAAUUGUUCUUUGGUAUUAUGGAAUUCCUCAGACCUGUCUAAUUUUUCUUUUCCUUCGACACAGAACUAUUAACUGAGGCCGAACGAAAGUAAGAAGUUACUGGUUUUAAAAGCCAAAAAAAUACCGCCAACCUAAUUUUGAAGAUAGCUGUCCCGCUCAAUCAAAGUUACCGCACCAGCCGUUUUUAAUUCCGGACAAACUUUACAAAAUACACUCAAUUUUUUUUCAUGUUAAAUGCUGGCCGUGUAGAACCUCGAUUUAACGGAGUGCCAAGAGACUGGGGAAAUUCGUUCUUUAUAUCGAGGGCUCGUUAUAUCAAGGUAUAGCAAUUAAUUAAUUUACAAAACCCAGCAUUUCCGGAUCUGAAAAAUUACUGAAAUAACGUUUCAGUACCGAGCUAUACAUAGCUACAGCACCAGAAACUCAAUAACAGGUAAACAAAAAUGCUUAAAAGUACUGUACUCAUAAAUUUUAUCCUUGUUGGUUUGUUUGGCUUUCAUCUUUUGUUACAUCCUGAUAUUUAUUCGUUAUAUCGAGGUAAAUUUUACGUUUGCGCGUGUGGAUUGUGUUCAUUAUAAUGAGGAUUUCGUUUAAUCGAGGUUCUGUUCCAUACAUUUUACUGUAAUUUUAGCCGGGAUGAAGAAAAUCUUUCGUUAUACCGAGGACUUCGUUAUAUAAAGGUUUGUUAAGUCGAGGUUCCACUGUAUCAUAAAGCAUUGUUCCACCUAAUAAUUAUCGGCCUAUAAUAUUUACUCUGCCUAAUAAUAUUCUAUCUUGUAGUUCCUCCUGAGAUACUUGCGCGAGGUCCUGUGGCCGUGGAAGCAUACAAAAAAGCCCUUGCCGAUGGAAAAACGAUCACGAGGAGGGUUCCAAUAAUGCUGAUUGGUCAAGACCGAGCAGGAAAGACCAGCCUAAAAAAGUCAUUGAAAGGAAUUUGUUUCGACCCACAUGAAGACAGCACUAUUGGUAUAGAUGUAGAUCCUUCUCAUUUCAAAGUAUCUACAGAGACGUGGAAGACAGGAGUGACGGAUCAAGACCAGAGUACUAAAACAGCCAUUACCUUUGAAUAUCAAGCAGCAAGACACAUCACGUGGAGUUUGAAGAAAGAGGUAAAAAGCACUGGUGAAGAGGAAAAUGCAGGAACCUUUGAUUCAGAGAUUUCUAAAGUGUUAGAAGACUCAAGCUCCGGUGAGGCAGCACACGAUGCGGAUUAUGACAAGGCACUUGAAGUCUCAGCCCCUUUACGUGGGAGAGAUAUAACUCGUGUUUCACAGUAUCAGACAAAUCAAGAAGACGUUUACUUUUCGAAUCCAGAUCUUCCUGACGAGGUAGUUUCUGUCACGGAAACACUACUUCAACGUAACUUGGAGGAAAGUGGGGAGGACAUUUAUUCUACCUUAUGGGAUUUUGCAGGACAGUCCGUUUAUUACGCGACGCACCCACUGUUUCUUACGAGGAAGGCAAUCUACUGCUUGUUUUAUGAUCUAAGUCUGAAGCCUGACGACGUACCAAAACCCGUGGUGAAACAAGGAUUGUACGAAGAAAUUCAAGACAGCUUUAAUCUGAAAACCAAUUUAGAUUAUCUUCAUUUUUGGAUGACAUCUGUGGCUUCAUUGGUCGAUUGUCAAGAGGCAGAUGCCACCUCAGACGUUUUGCCUAAAAAGCUUCCUCCAGUUUUCUUGGUGUGCACUCAUGCGGAUGAGUGCUUUAAUCCCAGAAAACAAGCCCGUAAGAUCUUUGGUUGUUUGAAAAGUAAGCCGUACGGGGAACAUUUGUGUGAUGUAUUCUUCGUAGAUAACACAAGCCUCAGUGUCCAAAAGUCUGAUUGCCCAGAGGUUGUGCGUUUGCGGCAGAAAGUACUUGCUGUCGCCAAAGAGCUACCUGACAUUAACAAGGCAGUUCCUAUUAAGUGGUUAAAAUUUGAGAAGGUACUGCAGGCCGUGAAAGAAAAUUUAAAGGGAAACAAAUGCAUUUCCCUGGAAUCAGCAAAACGUAUGGCUACAAAAGUCUGCAACAUUACCGACAACAACGAAUUUGAUACCUUGAUGAACUACUUGCAUGACCUAAGAAGCCUUGUUCAUUUUGAUGACAGUGUGCAGUUGAAAAAACUGGUAGUCUUGGACCCUCAGUGGCUAGUUGACGUGUUUAAAAAGGUGAUAACUGUCAGGCCGUAUGAUUCUAAGGAGGAAAACUUUGAAAAGCUAUGGAAGAAGCUUGAAACAGAGGGUUUACUCGAUGAAAAGCUCUUGACGCAUGUAUGGGAUCCUUUGAUUGAGAGCAAAGAAACCUCAGAUAUUCUUAUUGAAAUUAUGGAGAGAUUUAGCUUACUCUGCCCUUGGUUAUCCCAUUCUUCAGACAGCAAGGAAUAUCUUGUCCCUUCGAUGUUGAUGUCCCAUCCAUCGAAGGAGAUUCUUGAUCUGAUUGAGACUGCAAAGAUUCCUUCAUUAUUUGUAAAAUUUACAAGCAAUCAAGUUCCUGCAGGCUUUUUUCCCCGGCUAAUCGUACAGUUCCUCCAGUGGGGCGAAGAGAGAAUUUGGGCUCGAGCAACACCUCACCUGUUUCACGAUUUUGCCAGGUUUUACACCUCUGGUGGUGUCUGUUCCGUGAACCUUUUAUGCCACUCUUCAUUCGUUGAGGUAGUUGUUCAUGGUGGGAAUUCUAGACUUGAGCGUAGAACCUCAGCAGACUUGCAACCUGACAUUGAGGAGGAAAUGUGUGCUCGUCAGGUGUGUAGGCAACUUAGCUUGAUACUUGAGUUUAUGCGCAAUGAAUUUCCCUGGUUGAAAAACGUGGCAUAUGAACUUUGUGUCCUCUGUCCCGUCUGCUCUAGCGAAAGGGCCGUUGAUUUCUGCCGCACACACCGCGCAAAAAAUUGCAAACAAGAACAGUGCCUCCACUUCUGGAGCGUGCCCCAGUUGUGCAGUGAUAUGAGACAUAUCUCGUGUACCAGAUCUUCUGUUGCUCAAAACCCCAAACUGCAGGUCAUGCAGUUUUCGCCUUGGUUUCCCUCCUCAGGACACCAGGUAAUAACAUAAUUUAUAAUAACUAUUCAUACCCGGCUUUCAAUAAUUGUUAGCCUGUGCGCAUUAGACUUUCAGAAUAUGUACGAUUUCCCUUCCCCUAACAUUUUCUUGUGUUUUAUUUACUGAAAUCCCUUUCUUUGCCAGAUUCUGAUCUCUCUGAACUCAAGGAAGAAGUUAAAUCAUUAUCCAAUGAAUGAUUUAAUUUAUCAAGUUAAUUGCUCAUUUGAUAGAAGUUCUUCUCUGCUUUGAUCGGCUGGGAAAUUUUAGAUUGGCUAUUUAAUGUAUCCAUAAAUAGCCUAUCUAAUAACGACUAAGACGCUGUAAAGCAUGCAGGUCUUACAAGAGAGGGGGGGGGGGGAAAGCUCCGGUGAUUUCCUCCACUAACGCGUCAUCCCCACUAUCUGAGAGCCUGGAACAGGCUACAAAGAUUGUGAAGUCAGAAGACAAUUUUAUCAAAAGAAGUGGAAACGUCAUCUCUCAUUUCUAAGCAAACAAACUCAAAGGUUUCGUAGAAUAGGUAAAAUAGUUAUCAACUGUACGUCGAAAUAUUUUGAAGUGUUAAACAUUUUCUGCAAGAAGAUUACCUCAAAGUUUAAUUAGGACAUUUGCUGGCGUGCAGAAAAAAAAAACUGUAAUUUUUGUUAAUCCCCGCCUACUGGUACACUUAAUCUUCUUUUGAACAAAGAAACGCUCUGAUGGUUUUGCCUUUAAACAAGGCGGAAAUUUGUUUUUGAUGCUAGUGCCACGCUCGACCUUUAAGGCGUCAUUUUUGCUGAUAACAGCGCACAAUACGGGGAGGCUCCGCCCAGACUUCCAACCUCUUACCCAAAAUUCUAUGGAAAAAACUCUUUUUUCCAUGUGGAAAACAUAUGGACGAUAACGUUUUACCAUGGGAAAAGAGUGCACUAGUUUAGAACACUGAAAUCCUUACCCUUUUAUUUUAUGUAAAGCCCACAAAAGGUAGUCCUUUCGGGCUGAGCGUCCCCAUAUAGGCCAUCAUAGCUAUCAGGGAUUACUCCCAAGGAAUUUCACUUGUUCUACACUACAGCGCUGCGCUAACCAUCUUAUGCAAACUUUGAAGGUGAGGGCUUAAGCCAUUUAUUAACGUUUUUUCUGUUUAUUAAUCACAGCUUGCAAUUGAUGAAUGUGACGGGGGGUUUACGUCUGAUGAAGGUAAGCGUGAUGUGCAAACGACUAUUCUGGAAAACAUCUUUAUGGUACCCGAAGUCUCCAACAGGGUACUUCAAUACUGUAAUCCCGAUUCAAAUUUUCGCCCAAUCCCGUAGUCCUGAUGGAUAUUUUCGGCAUCCUACAUCCCGCGCAUACUUUCAAUCCCGAAACUCGCCCCAAUAUCGCUUUGAAAUCCCGAAUCCCGGCCUUCAGAUAAGGCAAAUCCAGCAUCCCGAGAAACCUCUUCGGGACCCUCAUACUCAUCAUUAUGUCUCCGUUUCGAUGGCUUAAAUCCCCUGGCUAAUUUUUCAAAACUAGCUGGCGUAGAAGAUGUACAAUUAGCGUCAAUUGAACUGACAUCGACAAGAAAAGGGACAGCAGAAGGCGCGAUAGUUCAUGAUCAGCUGUUUUGGAACAGCUGGACUAAUUGGCGCGAGAUUUAACGAAAUUACUUCCUAAAAACAUAGCAAGAAUAGCAAACAACAUCACUCAACGGAUGACAACUGCUAUUUGAAGAAUGUCUGCCAGAAUAAAGAUCCCUUUAUGUCCUAGUCUGCGUAUAUAGGUGGCGGAAUUAUUAUGCCCGGAGUACUUUCUUGGCGGCGGAGCCGUCGCUUAUUCCCCAUUUCGUAAACGGUCGUUGCCAUUUUUAACGGUCGAUGCCACCAUUGGUAACCAAGCCCUUAGUCAUGAUAGAUGUAAUAAUACGUUUUUGAAUAGUCUUAGAACGAAGCACGUUGAAGCCCGAGUUGAAUUGACGUCAAAAGGUAUGGAAAGGGUUAUUGUCACUUGAUAUUGAUAUAUCAGUUAAGAAAGACAGUUUGCUAGUUUUAUGUACUUAAAUUUUUCGGAAUUUGGUGGGUCGGUGUGGUAGUGUAGUGGUAAGGGAGAGAGAUAAGGAUACGAAAGGUCCGGGUUCGACCCUGAGUUUUUAGUAGGAAAACUCUCAAUAACAGGUCCAAGUGUUUUAUGAAUGGCAGCGACCGUUUACAAAAGGGGCAACUGCGUAGCCGCUACACGAAGCAAUCGGUAAAACCAUGAGAGAUUUUCGGGAGCGGCAAAGCCGCGAAGGAAUUCCAAUUUUCUCGCGGAUCCGCAGCCAAAAAAAAAACAAACAAACAAACAUACAGCACUCGCCCACUAAAAUCCCACCAGCUUCGCACACUAUUCAUGUAUCCUUCAAGUACUUGGUCAACCUUAAAAUCUGGAUGUCUCUCUAAGUUAUAUUUCAUGGUUUUGAGCUCUUCCCUAUCUGCCCUAUCCCUCCAACUCGGGCACGCCAUUUCAAUUAUGUAGAUCUGUUUCAUCUUCUUGACCGUAACUACGAGGUCUGGGUGAUUUCCUUCACUCUCCGGGCGAGCUUCAGUCGCUAAAGAACAAUCCCCGUUAUUUAAACAUAUUUAUUGCCAUAGAAGCUGCGAGAGGUUCCUGUCUCACUGAAAGUGGCUUUUAACUCUAGUGCUGGAAAUAACUUUUCUUACUUAUAAGGAUAUGUGUCCUUUCAAACCUUCAUUUUGAAAGGACAUAUUCGAAUAUUGGUCGGACAUUAAUUAGCAUACCGUAGUUACUCAAAUAAGCGCCGAGGCACUCAUAGCAUUUAUUUGAAAGUUGGACGUGCAAAGAAUUGUUUGACUAUGAUAUUUUUAUUUGCUGUAUUAAACUAACAGAAUUAACUUCUUUUGAUUUUCAUUAUAAGGGGGCCGUGGCGCCAAGAGCCAUGGCUCUUGGUGACACUUAUUCAAGGGUUGCGCUAAUCUGAGUUAAUACAGUCAUGCUUUCAACCUGGUUUGCCUCAAAUCUCUUGAUAGUAAAUGACAGGAAAACCCAAGCAAUGAUUCUGGGUAACCCCUUUCAAGAACCUAUUCGAAUCCUUCACAUUGGCGACUCUGUUAUUUUUUUUUUUAAAGAAAUAAUCUUUCCUUCGAAAUUUUCAUGAUUCUAGAAACAAUUUUCAAAAUCUCAAGCUUUGAAAAAGAAACGAAAUAGUCUAAAUAGACCAGUGGAACGCGAAUGACCGCUUCCCGCCAUUUGGCAAAGCAUGUGCUUCAGUUGCAUAAAUUAGAUUUCCAUAUAUGGAAAGUAGAGCCCAGUAAUUCCCUAACAAAGAGAGCUACUUCGUUUCGCCAGAUAGAAAGACGAAUACGAUACGUGGAAGUUUCGAGUUUCCCCAAAAAAGAAGUAUUUCUCCCGAUCCAGUCUUUCAGCGAAAUGCAAAGUUGACUUUUAUCACAGCGUUUUACUUUUUUAUGUUUUUGAAAUCAACUCAGGGGUGUAAAAAACGUUUUAAGACAAGAGCUAAGUCAAUGAAGUGCUCGGACAUAAUGUCCGAACAUAUUGCAAUAUUAGUCGGACAUUUACAGCAUUUUGGUCGGACAAUGUCCGAUGUCCGACAGUAAUUUCCACCACUGAACUCAGUUGAUGGGCUAUGAGUGAGUCAUUUUUAACCGAUUAUAUUGCAUCAUGAUUGUUCCCUUAAAGGUACUGUCGUUUUGGUAGCUUCAUGUCUUUCUUUUUCUUUCUUUCUUUCUUUAUUGACUCUUCUCUGUUGUUUGUUCAUGACUGAAGAUCUUAGGAUAAAGAAUAGUUUCUUGGUAUUGCAGAUAGGUGCAAUCACCAAAUGACGUAAUACAAAAGAUUGAAAAGAUACUGAACAAUACCCACGCCGCAAAACAAAAGCGAACCAACAGGGUGUCAAACACCAAGAAUACCCGGAUAAAGGGAAGGGUAGAGCCGUUCUUUCUUUCUUUUCAAAUGAUAUCAUCAUUGAACAAAACAGAUUCAUAAAAAUGAAUCAGCAAAGCUGCUAGUCUAUUCUUGGUUUGCAACCACAUGACAAGGCAGCCAUGUUGGGGGUCAAUACAAAAGAAUUUUUUUUCGAAGAAUUUACGUGAAAAUAGAGUUUAGUUCCCAGAGGAGGGAAAUGCUGUUGUUCUUGACCACCAACAUGGCCGCCGUGACGUCACGUGUAAACCAGCAAUUACAAUAUCCGCAGCAUCGUUCCUUUGUCUUCUUGUAAAACAACAGAUUAUCUCGUUGAACGACUGCGAAGCAACUCGCAAGCGAGGGCGCUGCAUGCACCUAUUAAAGGCGGGAAACUUGGCGCGAAACUUACGCACGCUUUUGAUUGGAUGAUCAUUUUUCUCACGUGAAAAAAACAUCGUUUACGAUUCUGAUUGGUCGUACAGUAUCUUGUUUUUCACGUGUGAAAAACAUCGCUUCUCUAUUUGGGUAACUCAUUUGUGUAUGAAAGUUUACGAGAUAGCUUUCGGUGAGUAUAUCUCAGACGGUAUGUAUGUAAUAAGUACCAAUACGUUAGUAACCUUUCUAAAUAUUUAACUUGCUAGGAAAUGAAGACAAAGCCCUAGCAGUUCGUAGCAGUGUAUUAGACAAUCUUUCGUCCGAAUCAUGCAAUUCCAAGGAAAUUGUUAGCAGACUGCAGGAAACACUUCAGUUGGACCAUGCUUCUCUGCAACAUCCUGACCAUGAGACCAAGAAAUGGAUUCAGUGCUUGGCCAGAGAAGCCCGACAUUCAGGCAGACUUGAUGUGGUCAAAUAUUUAAGGGAAAUAACACCUGCUGGGACUACUGGUGAAUAUAGUUUUUGUUUUGGACUUUUUUUUUUUGGUCCGGCCCCUGGAGGUGUAGCGUCCUCAACUUAAACCUUUUUUGACUUUUCUUGUGAUCUUAUUCCAAGAUCUCUUGUAUUCAGAGUGCGUUCUUGGAUUGGACUUCCGUACAUCCUCGAGUUAAUCUGGAGCGUUUAGUACAUAAUUUUCUGAGUCUAGAGGGGGCGCUAAUUCGAGUGAGGGCGCUAUCGAUGAUUUGGGUAACAAAUCUCAGUUAUUUUCGUGAAACUGUCCACCUAACCCUCCACCUCGUUUCAUUGUUUGUGGUCACUGGAGCGCCGUGUAACAAAGGUUGAUCCUAUAUAUUCAGUGAGUUCUUAAUCUGAGGGGGCAGGGGAGGGGUUAUUCAAACAUUGACGGUACAAUCUUGUGUUCAAUAACUCAAUUUUAUCCUGUUCAUUUUAAGAAAGAAAAAAAUCAACAUGGUGACCAUGACUUGAGUUAUUUAAGGUUGUGAAUACAGUUGAAAAUUCUUACAUCCCCAGGGCGUUUGUCUUAAAGUCCUGGGGACGAGGUUGAAAAGUGGCGCGAAAUAAAAAGCGGAGAGAGAGAAAAAAAUAAGGCAGAUUAGAGGUAGAGGGAGAUUGGAGUUUUUUUCAUCCUAUCUCCCUUUUUUCCCCUACCCACCCGGUUUUUUCCGCCCACAUCUCUUUGCGUCGUUCCCACUAUCUUAAUGCCUGGAACAGGCUGCAUGUAGAGGCGGUUUCUUUCUUUUCUAUUCAUAUCAUCAUUGAACAAAACAGAUCAAAAACAGCAAAGCAGCUAUUUUUUCUUAGUUUCAUGUGAAUAAACAAAAUUCAUUGCCCUGCCUAAUCAUAAAGCCGUCCCAUAAACAAAGCAGACUGAUCCGCAAAUUAUAAAAGGAGAAAUACAAGUAAUUAGCGACAGACCCGGUCUCAGAGGGCCCCGGGACUCCGUGUUUUCUACGGACCACAGAACCCCGAUCCUGACACCCCGUAGCCCGGCCGUAUUACCUGGCUGCAAUGGUAUCUUUGUAUGUUCGAUUUUUUAGGUCCUUUGUUAUCUGAAUCCCUUGACGUGAGAAAGAUCCCUUUAUCCCAAGCAAGACAGCUUUCCAUCAACUUGACUGGUAUGAAACUUGAGUUUAAAUCAAUCCUAUUUCGUUUAUUAGUUUGUUAACCACAAACGUUUUCUUGACAGAAAAGGUUCCUCUAGUUCAGGAUUUUUUACCUUGUUACGUAUAAUCAUGCAGCCUAUUUUGAUGGCCGGUCCAUAUAUACCUGCUAGUUAGAAAUUUAGAAUCCGAAAACGUUAAUGUUUCGUGAUCUUCUAAGCUAUUUGUCGAUAUUUGAUAAGAUUUAAGAGUAUUAAGGAAAUUUAUCAAGUGAUCCAACCACUUUAUAAGGAGCGAAGAGUUCAAACUCAUUCCACGAAGUGUGUAGGUUGUCGUUCGACAGCAGGUAUGUAAUGCCACCUUCCACUUCAUAAAUUGGCACAUUGUAAAGAACUCAGUGUUUUGUUUUCUCUUUUUUUUAGUCGCAGGCGACGAUAAGUGGAAGUUGGUUGCUGAGAAGCUGGGUUUGAGUCAAGAGGAGAUUUGCUACCUCGACAAACGUACCCAAAAUCCAGUCGAAGGUCUCAUAGGUUUUAUCGCAGGACAGCGUUUUAUGUCUGUGGGAGAGCUAUAUAAAGUCUUAUGCGACUGUGGGGUACCUUUAAUUGCCGACAAAAGUCUUUGA